AUGCCUGCGACGGAGGAAGAAGUUGCCUGGUUCCGCUCUACAUUCCAUCCCAUCCCGAAGCCAGCCUUGCCCGACGACUGCAUCGAGUACUCCUUGUACAUAACCUCACCUUCAUUCGAUCCAAGCCACGACUCUGAACUGCGCCUGCGAUUGCGGGAGGUACAGAAGUAUGCGACGGACCUUCAUCGGCAAUAUCUGAAAGAUUAUAUCUGGCAGCGCCAAGGUUUCUCCCUAGAGCUAAACAAAGAGGAUGGAGUGAGUUUUUUGCGCGGACAAACUGAAUAUGGCGACUCUGUGGAAGACGAAUGGGUCAUUGUUUGGCUUCUAAGGGAGCUGACGAAAAAUUUCAACGAGCUAUGGGUCAAAGUCACAGAUAGCGAUGGCGAGUUCCUCCUCAUCGAAGCCUCUGGCACUUUGCCAUCUUGGCUCGAGCCAGAUGUUGCCGAGAACCGUGUCUGGAUCCACAAUGGACAGUUGAAGAUCAUCAAGCCGGCGAGCGCUUCGAGAAGUUCAAAGCGAACCGAAGAGAAAUUGUCGCUUUCACAAGCCAGAGAAAUCAUCUUGAACGAGCCAAAGAGGCUGAUGCACUCGACAAGCAUGGAGGAAGAAGCGUUCUUUCGGCUGCGCAAUUACCCGGCUCAAAUUUCAGAAAAUAUGCACCAUGUGUUGAUAACGAUACCUCGGAAACUGGCAUAUUUGCUUCACCAGAAGCCGGCCUACAUCGCGCCUGCAGUGGAAGCAUUCUAUCUUAGAGAUCCUAUCGCGCUUAAACCACUACAAAACAAAGAGAACAAGGCUCAAUUGACUUUCGUCCCCGAAGAUUUCGUGACAAUGAGCGUCAAAGUCCCUCGCGUGGCAUAUGCACAAGUAAAGUCACAGGAAUUUCCGCCGCCUGCUGUUUUUGCAGACGCGAUGCCAUCAGAAGUGGAUUCAGCCGCCCGUGUUCGUGCCGAAACUGGGAUGAAACUCACUUGCGGAUUUGAGAUGCUUGUUUCGGAUUCUCAAUAUCAGGAUCGACCAGCGGUGCGAGAAAUCAAGAUGCUCCUGGACGAUCUAGAUUCUGGGGACGAGGUACUACCAUCAGAUACUGAGAUAGCUACAUGGAGUCAACGAGAGGAUGAUGAGAAGUGGCUCGACAUCAGUUUUGACGAUCUCGAAAAUGAGCUCAGCGGGCGCAAAGGUCAAACCGGGGGCAAAGGCAAGAAGACAGGCUUCGGCGACAAGGCAGCACAGGAGAAUUUGCAAAGGAUAGUGAAACAAUUCGAGGAGUUUUUGAAUGACGAUAAGGCCGGUCUAGACGGCGCGGGAUUGUUCGGUGGGGACAGUGACGAUGAUUCCGAUGACGACGUGCUUGACGACGGUGGUGAAUUUGAGGACGACGAAGGCGAAGACAAAGAGGCCAGUUUUGGUGAAGACGAGUUUAGCAAGAUGAUGCAGGAGAUGAUGGGCAUGCCACCAGAGGUGAUGAAGGAGAUCAUGUCCGGGGAACUUGGCCCGGGCACCCAGGACCCGGCCUACCGAGCUACACUAAGACGACCUGCAACAGGGACAGGCCCAGUUCGAGACUUGGACGUGCCGGAUGACGAUGAGCCGGAAAGUGGCGAAGACCUGCUGACCUUCAUGAAACAGAUGGAGGCAGAACUCCGGGGUCAUGGCGCCCUGGACCUCGGAUCGUCCUCAUCCGGCAACAAGCAAAGAGCGAUCAAAGGUUCUACAGCAAACGCCGGGAAGCAGCAUGCUGGCGAAGACGAAGUUUACGAGUUGUCCUCGGACGACGACGACAUCGACAACGAAAUCGACAUCAAUCUGGCGAGGAAUCUCUUGGAGAGUCUGAAGGCGCAGGCUGGCAAGGCUGGACCUGGUGGGAAUCUCAUGGGCAUGAUGGGGUUGCGGAUGCCGAAGGAUGAGCCAGACGAGGACGAUGAGGAUGCUCAGGCAGGACCCAGCCGAACACAGGGUACGAUGAGCGGGACACCGAGGAUCGAAGAGUUGAAUUAG